AAGAUGUUCUCGGAGGUCUUAAUGAAGCAAUAGCCAAAAUGAAUUGGAAAAAUGGUACUCGUGUUCUUCUUCAUAUUGGUGAUUCUCCACCACAUGGUAAAAAUUUUACAGAUUUGGCAGAUAGUUGUCCAAAAGGUGAUCCAUAUGGCCUAACCGCAAAAAAUGUCCUAAAAAAGAUGCAAUCAAAAAAUAUCCUUUACUUUUUUGGAAAAAUUACAGAUGAAACUGAUAAAAUGCUUGAAAUAUUCCGUGGUAUAAUUGGUGAAUUUCCAGUAUUUGAUCUUAUAGGAGGAGAUCCAAUUAAAUUAAUUGAAAAUUUUAUUAAAGCUACCUCAACAUCUAUUACUUAUGCUGUUUCAAUGACCAGUACUAUUGGAAGCGACACCAAGGAUAUGUAUUCUUUGCAACGAAAAAAACUUGAUAUGAAUCCAAAUGAGCCUGAUUGGAUUAUUCUUCCGUUGCAAGAAGGAAUAGUUAUGUGGUAUCCUAUUCUUGAUACUUUGAACAAACUUAAAGACCCAAAUUAUUUCAACAAAUCGAAUCUCUUUUCUAGAAGUUUCUCCUUUAAGAUUGCUUCACAACCAUUUUCUGCAGGUGUUGAAAGAUAUGCUUACUUUGCUCUUGAUAUCGGAAGUUGUUCAACAAAGAAAAUGGUGAUAAAAGAAUACCAUCGUGUUGUGCGUAAUGAUUCUUUCAAAAAGUAUAUUGUAGCGAUAGAAAUCUCUACAAUUGCAUCUUUUCUCUCUACAGAAUUUAAUUUGAUUGCAGAACGAAAAGAUCUUCCUAGAGUAAAAUUUCUCAAUGUAAAACUUUUACGUUGUGGAACUAUUAACUUUAAUACUCGAUAUUAUACUAUUGAACCAAAACUUCAUAAUAUGGAAUAUAAACGAUUUAAUGCAAAUACUGGUGUAAUUACAGAACUUCGGCCUAUUCUUGAAGCUUUUGUCCAUUUCACAUAUGAAUACACCAAAGGAUACUUAGUGGUUUGUGAUCUUCAAGGAAUUGAACUUACUAAUGAGUUCUUAUUAACUGAUCCAGCAAUACAUUGUAUUGAUUCUUUAAGAUUUGGAAGAACUAAUUUUGGCAAAAAGGGAAUCAAUCAGUUGUUCUUGGCAAAUCAUAGAUGUAAUGAUAUUUGUAAACAACUAAAAUUAAAACUUAUUAAUAAUGGAUUAUC